GCAGCAGCUGCCACCAUGGCAGCAUCGACGGGCUCCCCUGCCGCCAAAUCUGCCAAGUCCGGCAAAAAGUACCGCACGGCGAAGCGUCACGCCGGCAUCUACACCUACCAGGAGCCGCCCCACAGCAACUCAGAUGACGAUAUCGGUGAAGAAAAGGCUGAGAGCCAUGACCCAGAGCAGAUCUUCCAGAACAUUCAGUACCAGAAGGAGAUUAUGUCUAACAUCCGCUGCCGGCCGUGGCCAAUGAGGCAGAAGCUGAGGGCGCUCAGGCAGGCGAAGGAGAUCGUGCUGAAGUACGAAGGGAGGCUCACUAGAACCAGAGGUUACCAAGCUGCUGGGGCAGAGCUUUGGAGGAAGUUUAUUCGACUUGCGUAUAAUUUUGUGGUAAUCUUUAUUCCUUGGGAAAUGAGAAUAAAGAAAAUUGAGAGUCACUUUGGGUCUGGAGUUGCCUCUUACUUCAUUUUCUUGAGAUGGCUGUUUGGAAUCAAUAUUGUACUUACCAUAAUGACAGGAGCAUUUGUAGUCUUACCAGAGCUACUGGCCGGAGCACCGUUCGGCAGCACGGUCAGCAAGACCAUCCCCAAGGAGCACAUUGCAUCUGCUCAAGACCUGGACACCAUCUGGUCGCUGGGGGGCUACCUCCAGUACUCUGUUUUGUUUUACGGCUACUACGGCCGUGACAGGAAGAUUGGGAAAGCUGGAUACAGGCUGCCUCUCGCCUACUUCCUUGUUGGAAUGGCGGUGUUUGCUUACAGCUUCAUCAUUCUUCUCAAAAAAAUGGCAAAGAACUCAAGAAUGAGUUUAGCAAGUGCCUCUGAUGAAAAUUACACUUUCUGCUGGAGACUGUUCUGUGCUUGGGACUAUUUGAUAGGAAACCCUGAGGCUGCAGAGAGCAAAGCUGCUGCCAUAGUCAACAGCAUUAGGGAAGCUAUAUUGGAAGAGCAGGAGAAGAAGAAAAGCAAAAACUUGGCAGUGACUAUAACCUUAAGAAUUAUUGCAAACAUCCUUGUGCUUCUCUCGCUUGCUGGAAGUAUUUACAUCAUCUACUUCGUCGUGGAUCGAUCCCAAAAGUUAGAGCGCAUCAAAAAGGAAUUGACUCUAUGGGAAAAAAAUGAGGUAAGCGUAGUUGUGUCACUGAUCACAAUGAUUGCACCCUCUGCUUUUGAACUUGUGGCAGCUCUGGAGAUGUAUCAUCCAAGGACCACUCUUCGCUUCCAGCUUGCCAGGGUUCUUGUUCUAUACCUGGGAAACCUCUACAGUUUAAUCAUUGCACUCCUGGAUAAAGUGGACAGUAUGAGUGUCACUGUCUCUGGCGUUACAAACAAUGCAAGUAAUUCUACCACCUCCUUAGCAACCAAAACUCUUUCUAAAGACGACAACUUUACUAUUCCUAAUGUACAAAUUAAGAGAAGCGGCACUGUCACACUGGAAGAGCAAGACUUGAUGGUUUCUGAAUCACUGGUUAACAAAACUUCCUUUAACACCCAGAACCCACAGGAUCAGUGCUGGGAGACAUAUGUUGGUCAAGAGAUGCUAAAGCUUUCCAUUAUCGACAUGAUUUUCACAGUCGCAAGCAUCCUGCUAAUUGACUUUUUCCGUGGACUGUGUGUCCGAUAUUUAAGUGACUGCUGGUGCUGGGAUCUAGAAAGCAAAUUUCCAGAAUAUGGAGAAUUCAAAAUUGCAGAGAAUGUAUUGCAUUUGGUCUAUAACCAAGGAAUGAUCUGGAUGGGAGCUUUCUUUUCACCUUGCUUACCAGCAUUCAACGUUCUCAAGUUGAUUGGACUCAUGUAUCUCAGGAGCUGGGCUGUGCUAACGUGCAAUGUACCACAUCAGCAGGUUUUCAGAGCAUCUCGGUCCAAUAAUUUCUACUUGGCCAUGUUGCUGUUUAUGUUGUUCUUAUGCAUGUUACCAACAAUUUUUGCUAUUGCCAGAUAUAAGCCAUCUUUAAGCUGCGGUCCCUUCAGUGGUCAAGAAAAAAUAUAUGAUAUUGUUUCUGAAACGAUUCAAAAUGAUUUUCCCACGUGGUUCAACACAGUGAUUACUUACAUCAGCAGUCCUGUGGUUGUCCUCCCUGCACUACUGCUUUUAUUCAUGCUAAUCUACUACCUACAAAGUAUUGCAAGAUCAUUAAAAUUCACCAACAAUCAACUGAGAAUGAAGAUCCAAACAGAAAGAACUGAAGAUAAGAAAAAGGUGGUUCAGAUGGCAGUAGCCAGAAUCCAAAAUCUGGAUAGUAAUGACAAGAGACCAGACCAAGACAAUGAUAUUAUCAGCCAAGAGUCUUCUGUUCGAUCCUCAACUCCCCGAAAGAACGGCAGUGUCUUGAACUUUGAAUCUCCCGUGAGCAAAGGCACCAGAAUACAAACCAUUUCCCAGUCUGUGCCACAAACGGUGCCAUCAACUGAUGUUGCAAGACCUGUCAACGCAACUCCCACAACUUCAACCUCUUUAACGCCAGCUCCCUCCAUAACAAGUGUACAGAAACCAAGAAAUGAUCAUAUCACAAACAGAUACCCAGGUGUUGUGCAUAGGAGCACAAGUGAGCUCUGCAAAACAAAGUCCUGCACACCGGUGGCUUUCAAAAAGCACACUGAAGAUAUUCAUUCUGAGCCUCUUUUCAGAAAAGCCAUUCGGCAGGUAAAUCCGGAUGCCCUUGGGGCAGGGGCUCCUGUUUUUGUGGAAUGUAGACCAUAUGCUACCAGGUAUUUUCUGGUUAAUGAAAAUGAGCCCCGCAAAAAAUCCCUCCGUUCUACCUCCCGACUCCAAAGGCAUUUCAGAAAGGAGGAGUCAGGAGACAUUAUUGAGUUGUAUCCACGCCAUGUCAGAAGAUACGUGGUUCGAACACCACACGAGAUGUAUUCCUCUCAUCCCAGUGAAGAUGAUGAGGAUGAGGAAGAACUUGGGAGAGAAUUAAUGAGCAGAUCUCACCGCCCUCGCUCACUGUCUGACCUUCGCCCAGCACCACGGUUUUACAUCGGGGAACAUGCUGCCAGAGUGCAUUGCAAAUCCUGGGAUGAUGGUUUCGAGCUGGAACUGGACAGGCCUCCAUAUGCUUACAAAAAAGUACAUCUGAACUAUCCUGAGCCCCGUGUGAAACCAAAAUCAAAGCAAAAACUGGAGCAAUCUCUAACAGAAUCUGAUUCCAUUUCCAUUGAAUCCAGCAGUGAUCCGCAGAACAGCAGCAAUGACCAGUACAUCCAGGUCAUUCAUAGCAAGGACAAGUAUCCAAAAUCUGGAACAAAGCUCACCAAAAAGAAAUCAAAAAACAGUGUUGAUCUAAGUAUGACUGAGUCUAAUGAACUGGUAUGCUCAAAUGUUUGAGAUAGUGCCCCAAGCUUUUCUGUGUUUUCAAUAGGUGUAUGUGCAUUUAUUGAACUUGGUGUUUGAGGUCUACCAGAGUAAUUGUGACAAUUAGUAGUCUUUGUAACAACCAUGUAUGCAGCUACUUGAAGUGGAAAAAACAUAGCCUUGUGUUUUACUGUACCUUGCUUUAAUAUCACAACUGGUAUGUUGCAAGACGAAAACGUUCCAAGUUGUUCCUUAUUAUGCUGUUAAAAAAACACAAAAUAUCCAACUACUGGAAAAUCAAAAGCCGUGUACCUGGGGCUCUUCCUUUAAACCAGUACAAAAAUAUGAGAUGAGGUUCUCUUUAUCUGGCAUAGUCACAGAUAAAGAUGCUUCCACUGAAUAAAUUCAGCCAGGAAUCAGCUUCCUA